GUAUGUGAGUAUUAUGUGUACUGCGCUACACACACAUUCAUAUGGAGUUAAUAAACGUCAGUGCGAUCUAAGCAGUCUUGCGUUUCACUUGUGUCCCGUAUCUAACAGUGGCGACGAUUCGUGUUCUACCCUCUUAAAAAUAUUAUUUUAUUAAAAGUGUGCAAAAAUGUCGGCAGCGUUUACUCCGUUUAUUGGGAGCAUAAAUAACUUUGACUACCAACAACAUGACUGGGUAACGUUCAAGAGCAAGUUGCAACAUUUUUUCUUGGCAAAUGACCUCAACGACGUUUCAGACAAAGCGGGACUAAAGAGACGCGCCAUCUUGCUAAGCGCAUUCACUGAUGAGUCAUUUAAACUAGCAAGCAAUCUAGUGCUGCCGAAAUCUCUGGAAGAAAUAGGCUUCGGUGAUAUAUUUAAGUCACUCGACGCUCACUUCACACCGAAGCGCUGCGGGUUCGCCGUGAGGAGCCAGUUCUACGCGGCCACGCAGCAGCCAGGGGAGUCGUAUGCGCAGUGGGCGGUGCGGUUGAGGGGACUCGCCGCCCAUUGCAGCUUCAAGCAUCUAGAAGACGCUCUGCUUGACAAGUUUGUAAUGGGAAUGUCGGCUGGGCCCGAACGAGAAAAACUUUUCGGCAUGGACAUCGACGAUCUGUCUUUAGCGAAGGCAGUGGACCAGGCGGAGAGCGUGCGGUGUGCGCGCACGGCAGCGGCGGCGAGCGCACCAGCGGGGUCCGGCUGCGGGCCCCUGUUCAAGAUGGACGGGGGACCGCGGCCCACUACUACAGGAGCAGCGACUAGUGAAAAGUGUGCAGUGUGUGGUCGUAAAAACCACAAAACAAGCGAGUGUCGGUUCGCUAAUUACAAGUGUAAAAAGUGUAACAAUAGAGGGCAUCUCCGUAAAAUGUGUAAAAAGAUGAACUACGUCGGACUUUGUGACACGAGCGAGGGCGAUGACGUGCUCACAGAAUAAGUAUAGCGGAGGAGUCAUAAGGAAACUCUUUGUACCAGGAGAUAAGGUUAUUUAUAAAAAGAACUUAAAUAAUAAUAAAUUUGUUUGGAAACGUGGUUCAAUUAUAAAGAAAAUUGGAAGUAUCAUUUAUUUGAUAAGAGAUCUAGAUACCGGUACUGAAUUAAAAAGGCAUAAAAACCAAAUGUACAGAUGGUCAAACACAUUAGACGUUAGUAGGCCUGGUGAUUAUGGAGCCUAUCCUUCAAUAAGAGAACCCUCCUCCAUUAGAGCGGGAGAGGAUGAUGAGGAUGAGACAGAAACGCAGUCGCAGUUGCGACCUGCUGACGACCCGGAGACUGGGCCAGCGCCGGCGCCUGCAGCCCUGCCCGGCGAGCUCGACGAGUCAUCGGCGUCGCCCUCGCAGGCCAGCGCGGCGGCGCCCGCGCCCGGGCCGCCUGCCUCGCCCGCGCCCGCCUCGCCCGCGCCCCGCGACGAGCACGCGACCCGCGGGGCUCAGCCCGCCGACACACUAUCCUCCCGGGCAUCGGGUCUCGCUAUGUCGUUAAGAAACUUACCCAAAGUAGAUUAUAGAAAGUAUUUUUAGGAUAGCAGUUAAGUACUUACCUACUAGCAAUUUCGUAUAUAUAAUUCAUGUACUUAUUUACCUAUAUGUCUUAGAAUAGAAUAGAUUAUAACUUAACUACCCAUGUACCUAUGUAUAUUGCGAGCACAUUAAAGAUUUACCGUGGAACUUUGGCAUUCUAUAAUAGAUUAUUAGUAAUUAAGGUUUUAGACAAAGAUUAAGCAAGCUUAUGGCGGAGGGAAUGUUGGGUAUGUGAGUAUUAUGUGUACUGCGCUACACACACAUUCAUAUGGAGUUAAUAAACGUCAGUGCGAUCUAAGCAGUCUUGCGUUUCACUUGUGUCCCGUAUCU